AACCCUGCAUGCAUUAGUGGGAGUUCAAAACACAAGGAUUGCAGGCAAGCCAGCAGGCAAGCAAUAGCAAAAUUUAAACCAUCUUUUUACCCCUGGUCAAUCAACUUUCCUGUCUUUUCUUUUCUUUUCUUUUUUUUUUCUAGUUUCUGGUUUGCUUCUUUCUUCCUUCCCUUCGAUCUUCUCUUCUUUCUGCAGGAGAGAUUACCUCCCAUGCUUUUGUUACACAUCGACCUGUCGACCUGAGCACGAUGGAGAAACAGCCCCAGCCUCAGCACGAGGCCAAGCAAUAUGCCGCCGAUCCGGCGGCGAUUGAGUUGCAUUCGCCCUCCGAGGGUCGUCGCUCCUCCGUCUCUGCCCCUAUCAACGCUUCCGGUCACAAGCAGGAGCUGGAUCGGAAUUUCGGGUUCAUCAAUAUCUGUGGUUUGGCCUUGACCAGUGGGAAUACUUGGAUUGCGUUGGGCGGAAGUCUAACCACAGCUAUCUAUGAUGGCGGUCCGCCCGGUGUCAUCUAUGAAAUGAUUGCUGCCUCCUUCUUCUAUUGGUUCAUCGCCGCGUCGCUGGCCGAGCUGGCCUCGUCCAUGCCAUCGUCCGGUGGAGUCUACCACUGGGCAACCAUCACUGCGGGCAAAUACGGCCGGCCCGUCGGCUUCUUCGCGGGAUGGUGGAACUUCCUGGCAUGGAUCUUCGGGGCUGCAUCGACGACGCAGAUCCUCGGCACGCAGGUGGUGUCGGCGUACGCGCUCUUCCACCCGGAGUACACGAUCGAACGCUGGCAUGUGUUCCUGGCGUACCUGAUCUGCUCGAUCGGCUGCUGUCUGACGGUGGCGUUCGCCAACCGGGCGCUGCCGAUGAUUGAAUCCGUCGGCGGGUUUCUGACGGUGGCGGGCUUCCUGAUCACGGUGAUCGUAUGCGCGGUGAUGCCGCACGUGAACGGGCAACCGUACGCCAGCGAUGACUUCGUGUGGCGCGACUGGCUCAACGAAUCCGGGUACAGCAGCAACGGGUUCGUGUUCUGUCUGGGGAUGCUGAACGGGGCGUUCGCCGUGGGCACGCCAGACGUGAUUUCGCAUCUGGCGGAGGAGGUGCCGCAGCCGGGCAAGAACAUCCCGAUCGGCAUGCUGGCGCAGUACGUGAUGGGGAUCAUCACGGCGUUUGUGUAUCUGAUCGUGAUCUUCUACGGGAUCACAGACCUCAGCGCCGUGCUCGAGGCCCCCUACCUGUACCCGCUCACAGAGAUCUACCUGCAGAUCACGGGCUCGCGCGGCGGCUCGCUGGGCUUGAUUAUUGUCUCGCUGCUGCCGCUGCUCGUCGCCAUCAUCGGCUGCUACCUGACCUCCAGCCGCGUGCUGUGGACGCUGGCCCGCGACGGCGCCACUCCCUUCAGCGCCCUCCUGCGCCGCGUCAGCCCCACGCACAAGAACCCCCUCGCCGCCGUCCUCACCUGCGGCCUCAUUGCCGUCAUCCUCGGCUGCAUCUACGUCGGCAACUCCACGGCUUUCAGCGCCUUUGUCAGCUCGUUUAUUGUUCUGACCACCAUCUCCUACCUCGCCGCCAUCCUGCCCCAUCUCCUCCGCGGCCGAAAGGGUAUCCCCCGCGGCUGGUUCUGGAUGCCCGGCCCCGUGGGCUUCGUUGUGAAUGCUGUCACCUGUCUGUUUAUUAUUGUGUUCAUUGUCAUCUUCUGCUUCCCCUUCUCUAUGCCGUUUGACGCUGAGACUAUGAAUUAUACGUGUUUGAUCACCGGUGGCUUCACCAUCAUGAUUGCUGGCGUGUGGGUGGCGAAGAAGCGCGAUUAUCGCGGACCCAUGGCUGUGGCGAGUGAAAGUGCUGUUUUGGCCAAGGAUGCUAUUUAAUUCCGUGAAUGGGGGAAGAUGGGUUGUAUAUAGAUUUUAAUAUGUCUGGGUGAGAACCGGUGUAUAGAGAUAGAGAAAUUCAAAAGUCAUGGC